AUGGCGGCAGCGGUCCAACAAGCCGGCGCCAAUGCCGGGCAACAACCUCAGGUCCAACCGUGCAGAUACAAGGUCGGCAAGACAUUAGGCGCCGGGUCAUACUCGGUGGUCAAGGAGUGCGUGCACAUCGACACAGGGCGGUACUAUGCCGCCAAGGUCAUCAACAAGAGGUUGAUGUCAGGGAGGGAACACAUGGUCCGCAAUGAGAUCGCCGUGCUCAAGAAGGUGUCGAUGGGCCACCAGAACAUCCUGACGCUGGUCGACUACUUCGAGACGAUGAACAACCUGUACCUGGUGACGGACCUGGCGCUGGGCGGCGAGCUGUUCGACCGCAUCUGCCGCAAGGGGUCGUACUACGAGGCGGACGCGGCGGACCUGGUGCGCGCGACCCUGUCGGCGGUGGCCUACCUGCACGACCACGGCAUCGUGCACCGCGACCUCAAGCCCGAGAACCUGCUGUUCCGCACCCCCGAGGACAACGCGGACCUGCUCAUCGCCGACUUUGGGCUCAGCCGCGUCAUGGACGAGGAGCAGUUCCACGUCCUGACCACCACGUGCGGCACCCCGGGCUACAUGGCGCCCGAGAUCUUCAAGAAGUCGGGCCACGGGAAACCCGUCGACCUGUGGGCGCUGGGCGUCAUCACCUACUUCCUGCUGUGCGGCUACACCCCCUUCGACCGCGACAGCGACUUCGAGGAGAUGCAGGCCAUCCUCAACGCCGACUACAGCUUCACCCCCGUCGACUACUGGCGCGGCGUGUCCGACGGCGCCAAGGACUUCAUCCGCCGCUGCCUGACCAUAGACCCGGCCCGCCGCAUGACCGCCCACGAGGCCCUGCAGCACCCCUUCGUCGUCGGCUACAUGACCGGCGACGGCACCGACAAGGGCGCCAACCUGCUGCCCACCGUCAAGAAGAACUUCAACGCCCGCCGCACCCUGCACGCCAUCGACACCGUCAGGGCCAUCAACAAGCUGCGCGAGGGCCAGGCCGCCGCCGGCCUCAUGGAUGGCGCCAAGAGCCAGGAGCCCGCGAGGGGCCAGGCCAGCCCCGGGGCCGCUGCCGCCGGCGGUGCCAAGAAGGAGGACAGCGGCGUCAGCAUGGUCAGCAGCCGGAACAACGACUCGGGCUACGCCACGCAGCCGGACGGGGACGUCGCCAUGGGCGAGGCGCCGCCGUUGGCGGCGAACCAGGUGCCGAUGAAGAACCAGAUGAAGAACCAGAUGAAGAACCAGAUGAAGAACCAGAUGAAGAACCAGAUGAAGAACCAGAUGAACGGGCUGUCCGGGCCCCGGGACACACGGCAAGCCCGCCCGUUGGGCUGA